UGCGUCAAUGGCGUCGUCUUGGGACUUUUAUUUUGAAGAGAAUUCUUCCAUUCCGCGUCGUUUCUUGUUUUGGAGGGAGUAUCAAAGGGAAGAAAAAAUAUAUGAAGAAACAUAAGUCCUCACAUGUUUAUAUUUAGUGUUUAAAAGUUUUGAUUUCAUAAAAUAUUCUUUCGAUAGUCAAUUCUUCAAAGUGUGUCCACCCAAAGAAAGGUAUUUUCGAAUGGCUAGAAUUUGUUGUCAUCUGUCCUAAACUUGCAUAGAACCGACAACCGCGUCUAAAACGGCAUUUCAGCCUGGUUUUUGUCCUUGUCAGCGCUAGUGAAAUGCACAGGACUGUGCCCAGCCUCCCCCUGGCGCCCUCAGUGAAGGUGAAGCUCAUCAACGCGGGUUUCCAACUGGCGUCUGACUUGAUUGACAUGCGUCCUCUUCAGCUCUGCAAAGAGGCAGGUAUCUCACAGGAGGAGGCAGUGGAGGUGCUGCAGAUGUUGAGGGAUGAUGGCCAGCCUCACCAGCAGAGGGCAGCAACAGAGAGCCUAACAGCUCUGGAUCUCCUGCACCAGGAGCAGGCUGUGGGGAGCAUAGUGACAUUCUGCUCGGCCCUGGAUGAUGCCCUCGGAGGGGGCGUGCCUGUGGGAAAGACCACUGAGAUCUGCGGGGCCCCUGGUGUUGGAAAGACUCAGCUGUGCAUGCAGCUGGCUGUGGAUGUGCAGAUUCCUGUGUGUUUUGGAGGUCUGGGAGGAAAGGCACUGUAUAUAGACACAGAAGGGAGUUUCUUAGUGCAGAGGGUUGCUGAUAUGGCAGAGGCAGCCGUGCAGCACUGCACUCUCCUGGCAGAGGAUACAGAACAGAGACAGGCUUUAGAGGAACUUACUGUCGAGAAGAUCCUCUCAAACCUCUUCUUGGUCCGUUGCCAUGACUAUGUAGAGCUGUUAGCUGAGGUUUACCUCCUACCUGACUUCCUUUCUGAGCAUCCCGAGGUGAGGUUAGUAGUGAUUGACAGCAUCGCCUUUCCAUUCCGGCAUGACUUUGAGGAUCUUUCUCAGAGGACUCGUCUCCUAAAUGGCCUUGCCCAGCAGCUCAUUCAACUAGCAACACAACAUAGUGUAGCGGUUAUUUUGACCAAUCAGAUGACGACAAGAGUUUCAAAUGGCCAAUCUAAGCUGGUUCCUGCAUUAGGUGAGAGUUGGGGUCAUGCUGCGACGCAGAGGCUCAUCCUGCACUGGAAGGGACUGCGAAGGCUCGCCUCCCUGUACAAGUCCCCAAGUCAAAUGGAAGCCACAAUUCAAUAUCAAAUCACAGUCCAGGGUUUUAGGGAUGCCCCAGAUGAACCCAGACCUACUACUGCUUCAUCUGCAGUCUCAUCUCCUUCAGGAAACCACAGCAAACGCCUUCGAAUGGAGGAUCUGUCUUGAGGAUGUAUUGCAGAGCAUUUCGCUUUUCAAAGCAGUAGGAAGCCUCUUCAAAACUCGAAAUGUGCAAACCAUCAUAGCAGGAAUGUACAGAUAUGUAUAUAUUAUUUAAAAACACAAUUAAGGACGAUUAGUUCUUGGAUUAUUAUUGAAUAAAUUAUAGUAUAUUGAUUGUUUGUGGUAUUAGUGCAUCAAUUAGUGUAUCCAAUAUAAAUUUCCCACCAGACAAUCAGACAAUGUUACAGUUUAGGUGGAAACACUGAAAAUGCAAACCUAUUCCAAAGUGACCAAAACUUUCCAACUUAUAUUGGUUGAUGGACCAGGUUAAAGACUGUAUAUUUAUAAAAAUAUUAAAAGCUAUUCUUGGU